CCCACCAAAAUAAACUGAUUUCAUGUUGAAGGAAAACAGAGCGAGCUCCCAAAAACAAAAUCCAAAGGUUGCGAAACUUUCUACCAAAGAUCCAUUUUAUUCUUCGACCAAUAGACUCAUUUGCUUGCUCUCAAUCUCCUCUCUGCGUAUAUCAAUGUCGCAAAACCACCAAGCUUUCACUCUCAUCCCCAAUUUGGUGAAAAUUCCACCCAUCAAAGCUCUCUCACUCUUCAACUCCUCAACACUCCAUGGCUUUGAUCACACUCACCAAUCCAUAUCCUUCGUUCUCCACCUCUUCCUCUCCUCCGAAAUGCUCUCACAUGCCCAAUCUCUACUCCUCCGUCUUCUCUCCGGUCGAAUCUCCUCCUCAUUCUUCACUAUCUCAUCUCUUCUCAACCAUUUAACACAAACCCAUUUGAAUUUCAAGCCCCACCACGCUCUUCUCUACGAAUCCAUUGUCAAUACCCAUGUUCAGCUUCAGUUACCAGAACAAUCCCUCUUUUAUUUCAUUGAAAUGAUCGAAAAAGGCCUCGUGCCCUCGUCAAAUUCUUUCAAUGGUUUUUUAGCUUGCCUUCUUAGGUCCAACAACUUUGAAAAAGCUUGGUGGGUUUUUAAGGAUAUGAGGGGUAGGGUCGUAAUGGAUGUGUAUAGUUUUGGAAUAAUGAUAAAGGGUUGUUGCGAGAAUGGUGAUCUAAAUCGAGCUUUUGAGGUUCUAGCUCAAUUGGAGGAUCUGGGUUUGUGUCCAAACGUUGUAAUCUACACUACUUUGAUUGAUGGGUGUUGUAAGAGUGGUGAUAUUAAUAGAGCAAAGAAGUUGUUCAAUGAAAUGGGGGAGUUGGGUUUGGUUGCUAAUCAAUUUACUUGUACAGUUUUGAUCAAUGGUUUUUUCAAAAAAUGGUUUAAAAAAGAUGGGUUUGACUUAUGGGAGAAGAUGAAGCUCUAUGGUGUUUCUCCUAACAUUUAUACUUACAAUUCUAUAAUGAAUGAGUAUUGUAACGAUGGCAAAGUGAGUGAUGCAUUUCAACUGUUUGAUGAAAUGCUUGAAAGAGGGAUUGUGUGUAAUGUUGUGACAUAUAACACUUUAGUUGGUGGGUUGUGUCGAGAGAUGAAGGUGUUGGAGGCUGAGAAGUUGGUGGGUCAGAUGGAGAGGGCUGGUUUGAGUCCAAAUAUAAUCACUUACAACACUCUAAUAGACGGGUUUUGUAGUGUUGGGAAGCUAGACAAGGCUGCAAAUUUGUUCAAUGAAAUGAAGUCCAAUGGUUUGUCACCAUCUCUGAUUACCUAUAAUGUUCUAAUUGAAGGUUUCUCUAGAGCGGGAAAUCUAGCACGAGCUUCAAGCUUUAUUUUGGAGAUGGAGGAGAGAGGCAUUUCUCCAACAAAGACAACAUACACAAUUCUAAUUGAUGCUUUUAUUCGAUGGGAUGACAUGGAAAAGGCGUUUGAAUUAUAUCACUCCAUGCAGAAGGCUGGUUUGGAGGCAGAUGUUUGCACCUAUGGUGUCUUGAUAAGUGGGUGGUGUAGAAAAGGUAAUAUGAAAGAAGCAUCAAGACUCUUUAGAUCAAUGAGUGAGAUGCGUUUGGAGCCAAACCAUGUAAUAUACAACAUGAUGAUUUAUGGCUACUGCAAAGAGGGUAACUCCUAUAGGGCCCUAAGACUGCUCAAAGUAAUGGGUGAGAAUGGAAUGGUUCCAAAUGUGGCAAGCUACAGUUUGACUACAGAAGUUCUUUGCAAGGAUGCGAAGUGGAAAGAGGCUGAAAUUCUUGUAAAUGAUAUGAUAGAGUCGGGUUUAAAACCGUCGGUGUCUAUCUAUAAUCUGAUUUCUAAAACUAAAUUUAUUGAUAAGUAGAUGUUUUGGAAACACUUUUAAGAAGAAAUGUAUAUAUAAGAAACACAGAAGAAAGUAAGAGACAAAGAUGAUAUUUUUUUUGAUCAGCGAGACACGGAUGAUAUUAGUGGCUGUCUUAGCAUGGAUACUCUUGAAAGUGGUGAGAACUGCUCCAUUUCUCGGAGCUACUCAAAGAUGAAUCUUCUAUGACAUCCGCAAAAGAGAAUAACAACCCAGGAGUGUUUCCGAACAACCAAAAUUGAAAGGAAUUGAGCAUGAGGGACUUGUGCAGUAUUGAAACUCAACAUUCUCAAAGAGGUUCAUACGUAGUGAGAUGAUCAAGGAUGUUUGUACUUUUGGAGGUAGCACAUCAGCAAUUUGUUUUUACUAAGGUGCUCUAAAUUGUGUAGGAGAUGGACCUCUAAAUGAUGUAGGAGCAAGAUCUCUAACUGAAGUUGAAGCAGAGCCUCUAAUUAGAGCAGGUCCUCUCAAUGGAGUUGGGCCUCUAACUGUUGUAGAUCCUCUUACUGAUGUAGAAUCUCUGACAGUUGCAUGCCUUCUAACUUCAGGGACAAAGGUUAAACCGUGAACACUCCUAAUGUGGAGCAGCCUGGACCUCGAAGAAUUAGAGAUGAACAUUUACGACAGCCAGCAGGAUGGAUUGAAGACAGAAAAGAACUUAAAAGUGAAAGGAGCGCUGGACUUGUUGAUAUGUAUUAUAUGGGACCAGGAGACCGACGCUGUCGGUCAAAGAAGGAAGUCUUCGAAUACAUUAAUCGAAUGAACAGAGCUGCCGAGUUUUAAUUUGGUGAAAACCAGGUUUGGGCAGCUUAUGAUAAUUGAUGAUGGCAGGCCAUGUUAUUAUGCCUUGAUUCAUAACUUGAUAUCUAAGAGGCCUGUCAAGUUGGUGAAAAUCAGGUUUGGGCAGCUUAGGAUGGUGGUGGUGGUUUGCCACGUUACUAUGCCUUGAUUUAUAAUGUGGUAUCCAAGAGGCCUUUCAAGUUGGUGAAAACCGGGUUUGGGCUGCUUAUGAUGAUGAUGAUGAUGGUUUGCCACGUUAUUUAUGCCUUGAUUCAUAGUGUGGUAUCCAAGAGGCCUUUCAAGUUGGUGAAAACCAGGUUUGGGCUGCUUAUGAUGAUGAUGGCUUGCCACGUUACUAUGCCUUGAUUCAUAGUGUGAUAUCCAAGAGGCCUUUCAAGUUGGUGAAAACAGGGUUUUGGCUGCUUACGAUGAUGAUGAUGGCAUGCCGCAUUACUCUGCUUUGAUCCAUAGUGUGAUAUCUAAGAGGCCUUUCAAGUUGCCGAGGAAUGCGCAAGUUGAAGUUCCAUGACAACUUAUCCCUCAGACAUCCAUAGGUACUGCAAAGUUGGUUAUAUGUAUAUGGGCAGUCAGAUAUUGAUUUCUCAACUAAUUUCUUGUUAAUAUUUCAUAAUUCAUUAGGCCAAUAAAUUUGAGUGAAGGUAUUGGAUUAUUCAUAUGCUUAAUAUCCACUUCC